AUGCUAUACGUUGCAAAGGGAUUCACGCUUCAUGUGAACAUUGUGCCGGCUAUAUUAGGGCUAUAUUGUGCUAAAAAUUCUUAUUUUACCAAUGGUUAUGAUCUGGCGAAUCCCGAAAUUGCCCCGGCCUCGCUGUGGAAUCGCAAGGAUAUUGUAGAGUUCAAAAAUACCAUUAAGAAGGAAGGAAGCGAGGGAAUUAUCAAAGUUGGGCAUGGAGAAACGGUUACGGUACGUGUUCCUACCCAUGAAGAGGGUACAUGCCUCUUCUGGGAAUUUGCAACUGACUACUAUGAUAUCGGCUUUGGUGUUUACUUUGAAUGGACAAUCGCUGACAGCAAUCAGUUUUGGUUCCUUGAUUUCCAAGUUUCUCAGGUUUCGAUCCAUGUUAGUGAAUCAGACGACGAGGAAGAGUUUGAUGAAACCAAUCCGGAAGGAGUAGAAGGA